GUCAGUGUAGAUGCUGACUGACGUUUCGACAAACUUAGUCGGUAGUCAUCUUCAGAGUCAAGUAAAAGGUAAAAGCCAAGUUAGCCAUAUUUGUUUUCUGUACUACAGCUGUAAGGUUGUCGAAAAAUCAGUCAGCACCAGCAGUCCUUCUCAAGACUCGACUAAUCUGGACGAUCGAUAUCUAACGAUGCUCCCGGGCUCAAACAAUUCACUUUACGACCUGUUUAGUUUAUACAUACAACAAUUUGCUUGAAAUUAAUCUACAAAGAACACAGAAUGAAUAUUUUGGCAAUUUUCUCUACUUUUCUCAAUGAGACAGGGACCAAGGAAUUAUGUAAAAACGUUUAUAACAAUAUAAUCAUCUGUUGAAGUUUGGAGUUUGGUAAAUAAAUAAUUUGCAAACAUUAUUAUGUGCAUACUUAUUUCAUGCAUGCCAGCACAAACAGCUUGCUGUAUACAUCAGCCAUUCCUAAACGGGGCCAGACUGUUCCGAACACGCGUACGAACAUGGCUAGCGAAAAAACACCUCUUUUGAUCAGUGGCGACCAAGCACCAUCGGUUGAAUAUGCUCCUAAAAGUGGGGCCGGCAGUGGUGAUGAUGCAGGCCCGCCUAACGUUUCAGUGGGAGAAUUGCUCCGUUUUUGCGAAAGACGGGACAAAAUAUACCUAACCAUUGGUGUAAUUGGAUGUUUACUUUACGGAUUCCUCGCACCAGGGCAAUUCAUAUUGUUUGGUCAUAUGACGCAAGACUUAGUUAAAUUUUCCCUUUGUAAAAAACUAAACUGUUCUCAUCCACUUGAUGUGGAGGAAUCUAUGACUAAAGUGGCAAUAGGCUUCCUUGGUUUAGCUGUAGCGAACUUCGUCUUAUCGUGGCUUGCCCUUGGACUGUUUGGAUUAUCAGCUGAGAGACAAGUACAUCGAAUGAGGCUCGCUCUAGUUCGCAAUGUAAUCUUUCAAGAGAUUGGUUGGUUUGACGCUCAUUCUAGUGGAGAAAUACUCACUCGACUCUCAGAAGACAUAAACAAGAUUGCUGACGGUAUUGGUUCCAAAUUUGGCAGGAUAUUUUGCAGUCUAUUCGGCUUCAUGGCUGGAUAUAUUGUUGGUUUUGUAUACUGCUGGAGGCUUUCACUGGUAAUGCUGGCUCAACUUCCGAUGCUAUUUUUUGUGGGUGGAAUAAUGGCAACGAUAACAGGUAGCUACACGAGUAAGGAGUUAGAAGCUUAUUCCAAGGCAGGCCACAUUGCUGAACAAAGUAUCUCAUCAAUAAAAACGGUAUCAGCAUUUGGUGCUGAGAAGAAACAAGGAGAGCUCUACGAAGAAAAUCUGGCCACCGCUAGUAAAUUUGGCGAAAAGAAAGGCAUAGGACUAGGAAUUGGAAUGGGUCUUUUCCAACUUGUAUUGUACUCCAACAUUGCAUUGUCUUUAUGGUACCUCAUAAAACUUGUAAGAGAUAAAGAUGCUGACCCUGGAGAUGCAAUAACCGCAUUCUUCGCCGUUAUUACGGGAUCGGUUACAUCGGGUCAGUCGGCACCAAGUUUUGAAGCUCUUGCAGCCGCAAGAGGAUCGGGUUACGCGAUCUUUGAACUCAUAGAUAGAACUUCAAAAAUUGAUGCUUCCUCUCACGAAGGCACGAGACCAACCAAUGUGAAAGGCGAUGUUGAGUUUUCUGGAAUUGAUUUUGUUUACCCCACUAGGCAAUCUGUGCAGAUCCUUAAAGACUUCAGUCUCAAAGUACCAAGUGGAAAAAGAGUUGCCCUUGUUGGUGAAAGCGGAUGCGGAAAAAGUACUGUUGUGAAGUUAGUGCAAAGAUUUUAUGAUCCUGAUAUUGGGUCGGUGAAACUUGAUGGGACUGACAUCAAAUCCAUGAAUAUUAGCUAUCUUAGAAGUCUUAUCGGUGUCGUGAACCAAGAGCCUGUGUUGUUUGGCACAACCAUAAGAGAGAACAUUGCUUUUGGUAAGGAAGGAGCAACACAGAGUGAAAUCGAAGAAGCAGCAAUAAUGGCUAACGCACACAGUUUCAUCACACAGUUCCCAAAGGGUUACGAGACACUCUGUGGAGAGCGUGGUGCUAAAAUGAGUGGUGGACAGAAGCAAAGAAUAGCCAUUGCUCGAGCUUUGAUAAGAAAUCCAAAAAUCCUGCUUCUGGACGAAGCAACAUCUGCCCUUGACUCAGAGAGUGAAGCCAUCGUCCAAGAUGCCUUAAACAAAGCUGGUAAAGGCCGCACAACUAUAGUUAUUGCACAUCGUUUAUCCACGAUAAAGACCGCUGACUUAAUAGUGUCUGUUCGCAAAGGAGCCGUCGUUGAAACUGGAACACACGAAGAAUUGAUGGCAGCAGAAGGGAUCUAUAAAAGUUUAGUGAUGUUACAGGAGAAAGCCGGGGUUGAAGAGCCUGAAAUAGAUGAGGAGGCUGAAGAGGAGAAUUUAAAGCCAAGUUCCCUUGCUUUUCCGCAAUUGGAUUUAUCUACAGCAACUACUUCAACUCAUACAGUCUCAAGAGUGUCGGGAAAAGGAGAAGAGGAGGACCUUAAAAAGGUGUCAUUAAUUGAAAUCGUCAAAAAGAACAAACCCGAGUGGAAAUAUUUAGUGCUUGGUAUUUUUGGUGCUUCGCUAUUUGGAUUGUAUCCUGCUUUGUACGGUCUCAGCUUAGGAGGAAUAUUUGGGACUCUCGACAAUGAUCCAAGUAAUGCAAAAGACAGAGAGGAAAUGGAGGACGAUAGCAGAAAAUGGGCACUUUACUUCUUCUUCUUAGGGGUUGAAAGUGGUUUUGGUAUCGUUGUACAGUAUUGGUUCUUAGCAAAAGCCGGAGAAGCUUUAACAAAACGUCUACGUACCGACACGUUUCUUCAUGUUCUAAGACAGGAUAUGAGCUACUUUGAUAAGCCAGAAAACAGCACUGGUGCUGUGUGUAUGCGGUUAUCUACUGAUGUCUCCAAGAUACAGGGGGCUACAGGAGCACAACUUGGUCUUCUUGCCUCAAGUAUCGCUACAAUCGCAAGUGGACUAGCAGUUUCGUUCUCUAAAAGCUGGAGAAUAACACUUGCAAUGUGUGCUGUGACUCCACUGGUCUACGUUGGGGGGACAUUUUUCAAUGUGUUCAUGGGAGGAGGCGGUGUUGAUCAAGAUCGCUCCAAUGCUGGAUCGGUGGCUGCAGAAACGAUUUCGAAUAUUCAAACGGUUGUUUCACUAGGACGUGAAGAAGAAUUUUAUGAACGUUAUAGCGACUCUCAAAUUGAGCCACUCAGGAAAGCAAAAAGAACUAGUCAUAUGGCAGGGUUUGCUAACGGAACUUUGAUGGCAGUGGGGAACAUCGCAUUCGCUGUUGGUUUCCGUUAUGGUGGCUACUUACUUAGUAAAGGGAAAGUUGAUGUCAAUGAAAUGACGACAUCUGUUUUUACAAUAAUUAUGUGCGCAGUUGUUAUUGGGCAACUCUCCUCCAUGACUCCCGAUUAUACCGAAGCUCGAAAAGCGACCAACAGAGUUUUCAGUUUCCUGGAGAAAAUUCCGGAAAUCGAUAGUUAUAAUGAUCGUGGAGUUAUACCGACAUCCUGUAACGGCGAAGUUCGACUGGCCAGCGUAAAAUUCCGAUAUCCAACUCGCCGACAUGUAAAAGUCUUACGUGAUCUUAGUUUUAAUGUUCAGCCUGGACAGACAGUAGCUCUCGUUGGCACUAGUGGCUGUGGUAAAAGUACUUCUAUUUCUUUAGUGGAGCGAUUUUAUGAUACACGUAGUGGGCGUGUGAUGAUCGAUGGCUAUGAUGUUAAAGAAUUAAACCUGAAAUGGUUGAGAAGCCAAAUUGGUAUCGUUUCGCAGGAGCCAGUUCUCUUUGACGUAUCGAUUAAAGAAAAUAUAGCAUAUGGCGAUACAACACGAACUAUUAGUGAUAGUGAAAUUGAAGAAGCAGCAAGAUCUGCGAAUAUCCAUGACUUCAUUUCGAAAUUGCCUCAGGGAUAUGAUACAGUUGUUGGAGACAAGGGUGCUUUAAUAUCAGGCGGACAAAAGCAAAGAGUUGCUAUUGCACGAGCAUUAAUCCGAGAUCCAAAGAUUCUCCUUUUGGACGAAGCAACGUCUGCUUUAGAUACAGAAAGUGAAAAGGUUGUCCAAGAAGCCUUGGAUAGGGCGAGUAUUGGACGUACUACUCUUGUUAUCGCUCAUCGUCUUUCAACAAUUCAACAUGCAGAUGCUAUUAUGGUUAUAAGGAAAGGAAAAGUAAUCGAACGAGGCACACACGAAGAGCUCCUUGCUCUGAAAGGGGUUUACUUUCAUUUGCAUUCCGCGCAAUCCCUUUCCUCUUGAAAACGUUUUCAGUACUUUGAUAUGGUAAUUAACAAUUUAAACAAAUUCACACGAUGAAGAGAAAAUUAAAGCUCGACUCACUUGAUGUUAGUGCUUGUAGUUAAAAUUGUUUUCGUUUAAUCUUUAUUAAAACGCCAAACCAUUAAA